UCUAGACCAAUGGCUGAAGUACACGUACUCCUCUUUGUUUCCCUUAUUCUCCUACUCACCGCCGGCACACUUCAAGCACAACCAGAACAACUACCGUCGUCUUCAUCAACCGGCUGUGCCGAUGAACUUGUAGCGUUUUCUCCAUGUCUUCCUUACAUUUCUGAGUCGCCUAACAAUAUCUCCGAUACGCCUCCUAUUCAGUGUUGCGACAACUUCGCGAAGGCUUUUGAUGAUAAUACUGCUAUUUGCCUUUGUUACCUCGUUCAUAACCCUCAGAUCCUUGGAUUUCCUAUCAGUUCCGUGAAACUGUUGUCGUUAACUUCUGUUUGUCCUGUGAAGGAGAAACAAGGCGAGGAGAUAUUUUCUCUCGAGUCUCUCUGUUCAGGACCAACUAUGCUGCCUCCUUUUCGAACGAUAACAGAUCACAGGGAUUCAAGUUCAGGUCCGAGGAGUCCUAGCCCUGGCCCUAGCCCAAAUCGUAAACGUAGACCUACCCCACCACGCAAUCCACCCCCAGGCAAGGGGGAGAUUGAUUUUGUACCAGAAAAAUUGAAUUAUCACUUUAUUGCAGGUCAUCGUGAUCACCCUUCACCACCCUCCGAUGUUGAUGUUGAUAAUCCUUUCCCUGCUGCUCAGGCCUCACCACCCUGUACCUGUUCAUCAGCCACAGGAAUGAUGUGCAAUUACCGUCUAUGGGUUCUUUCUGCAAUGUCUAUUUUCCUGCAUCUCUCUUGCAAGCAUGCAACUUAG